CGCCGCGCGCGGCAGCGGUGGUGCCAGCCAUGGGCAAGACGAGCGCGGCCGACGGGCCUGAUCUGCUCACCAGUCUGGUCCACUCUGGUGACGGCCUGGGCAGCUGGAACAGCGGCAGCGACACCGGCGCCGGCGGAGAAAAUGGCGGCAGCCUGGCGGGGCUCGGUUACCAGACGUUCGGCGACGCGCCGGCGGCGAGCGGCGCCGCGAAGCGCACUUACUCAUGGCGCCAGAAGCUGCUCAUGCUCGUGUUCUCCAUGGGCAGCCUGCUGGCCGGCUCGUGCCUGGCCAUGAUGAUCCCGUUCUUCCCGCUGGAGGCGCAGCGACGUGGCAUCUCGCAGACGCUCACCAGCGGCGUGUUCAGCAUCUUCUCCUUCACGCAGCUGGUGACGUACCCGGUGAUCGGGAGGCUGGUGCCGCGCGUCGGCAUCAAUCGGCUCUACUGCAUCGGCAUGAGCAUGACGGCCGUCUCAAACAUCGUGUUUGGGCUGCUUUUCCGGCUGGAGAGCGCGACGACCUUCAUCGCAGCCUGCUACACAGUGCGCGUGUUCGAGGCGAUCGGCACGGCGGCCGUCAUUACUACGGCGCUCACCAUGGCCGCCAACCAGUUCGCGGAGAACACGUCGACGGCUGUGGCCGUGAUGGAGACAAUGAACGCCAUCGGGCUCUCGUUGGGCGCCGCCAUCGGCGCCGGCCUGUACAGCCUCGGAGGCUUCGGGCUGCCGUUCUUCUCGCAGGGCUGCUUCAUCCUGGCCCUUGUGGUGCUCAGCGUCCUCUACCUGCCCGAGGUGGCCGUGCCGCGCCGGUCCUCCGGCGACUUCUGGGCCAUGCUGCGCACGUUCGCCUCGGCCGGCGAGAGCUGGCUGUGCUGCGCGAUCGUGUUCACCGCGGCGGCCACCUGGACCGCCAUCGACUCGAGCAUCGCGCGCUACGCCAGCGACGCGAUCGGCACGACCCCGGCGCAGAUCGGACUCUACUUCCUGGUGGCGACCGGCGCCUAUGCGCUCUCCAGCCUGGUCUGGGGCCGGCUGGCCGACCGGCUGCACAACACGUACGUCAUGAUCGCCGGCUGCCUGUUCGCCACGGCGCUGGGUCUGGCGCUGAUCCCGCCACUGCCAGGGCUCGGUCUGACGCCCUCCUGGUGGCUGCUCGGCCUCGGCCUCACCAUCAAGGAGAUCUUCCAGGGCGGCGCGUACGUGCCCGUGCUCAACCGCAUGAUCGCGACGGCGGUGCGCCAGGGACUGCCGGCCGACGUCACGACGCAGGCGUUCACGUGCAGCGUCUUUGGCACGGUCGCGUCGGUGGGCAACGUGCUCGGGCCCGUGACCGCUGGCGCCAUCAUCGACGCGCGGAACUUCACCUUCAUGGUUGGCUGCUUGGCGACGCUAGCGUCGCUGGUCGGCGUCACCAGCGCCGCGCAGGCCGCCCGGGUCGUACGGCGCCGGUGGAGUGACCGCGGGGACCAGACCUGAGUGCUGUGUGAGACGCCGACGGAGCGACCGCGGGGACCAGGUCUGGGUGCUGUGUGAGACGCCGGUGGAGCGACCGCGGGGACCAGGUCUGGGUGCUGUGUGAGACGCCGACGGAGUGACCUCGAGGACCAGGCCUGAGUGCUGUGUGAGACGCCGACGGAGCGACCGCGGGGACCAGGCCUGAGUGCUGUGUGAGACGCCGACGGAGUGACCUCGGGGACCAGGUCUGGGUGCUGUGUGAGACGCCGACGGAAUGACCGCGGGGACCAGGUCUGGGUGCUGUGUGAGACGCCGACGGAGCGACCGCGGGGACCAGGCCUGAGUGCUGUGUGAGACGCCGACGGAGUGACCGCGGGGACCAGGUCUGGGUGCUGUGUGAGACGCCGACGGAAUGACCGCGGGGACCAGGUCUGGGUGCUGUGUGAGACGCCGACGGAAUGACCGCGGGGACCAGGUCUGGGUGCUGUGUGAGACGCCGACGGAAUGACCGCGGGGACCAGGCCUGAGUGCUGUGUGAGACGCCGACGGAGCGACCGCGGGGACCAGGUCUGGGUGCUGUGUGAGACGCCGACGGAAUGACCGCGGGGACCAGGUCUGGGUGCUGUGUGAGACGCCGACGGAGUGACCGCGGGGACCAGGCCUGGGUGCUGUGUGAGACGCCGACGGAGUGACCUCGGGGACCAGACCUGGGUGCUGUGUGUCAGCGUGUUCGCGGGGCCGUGCAACUGGCGUGCUCUCGCGGUGUUCCGGUCCCGAGCACCGACUAACCGUCAGGUGAAGACGGACGAGGACGGCUCGAUCGCAGCGCUGGGCGUCAACGGGCGCCAAAGGAUCACUGCCUGAACCUAACGCAUGAUGGCUGAGCCGCCUAAUGUGCGAUGACUGCAAUCACAAGACAUUGUUAAUGUCAUGCGUGGUGGCGGCUAAUCUUCCGACGAAUGGAGGCUGGGCGUGGACACAGGCGCAGUUUUGUCUGCUUUCUUUCCGUGCAAGCGGAAAGAAAGCAGACGCCUUUGCCGUCCGUGAGGCCACGCCCUGUUGCUGAUGUCAUACUCCCUGAAGACGUUCGACACUGAAAAAGACGCAUGAGUAUCAAGGUCUAGUAACGGUGCCCGAGUGAAGUUGUCUUUCGUUGCAAUUUAUGAUUUUUGUGGCUUGGUGAUCUAUGUGAUUACUCAGAUAUGUUUUUCGUAUAGACGCGUGCUGCUAGUAGGAUUGGGCAUGGAUGCUGGAUACGCUGCUACAUAAAGUGGUCGAGGCACAAAACAUGCGCCUUAGGAACAGCCCUCAAUUGACAAUGCUACGAUUGAACAAGAUCCAGGCAAUACCCACAUGCCUUAGGAGCAACACCGUCAAACGCUGUUCACGUGUGAGACACGUCACAUUUCUAAUACGUCCUUCACGAUGCAUACCGUUUUUUAUUGCGUUAACGGUGCUUGCCACAUGAAGUAAUACCGCUCCAAAGUGUCAUAGACCUGUAGAAACCUCUGGAAAUCGAGCGACAAAACCACCCAACGAGCUUAUAAGCCGGCGUUUAUGAACGUCUUGGAGGCACAGCAGCAUCACACACCUGAUGUGGCUCGUCCACUGUCGAAUAGUGGUAGGCAAAAGUGUACUCGAAUUCCGGUGAUUGGGCGGGAAUAAAUUGAAGACCUUGGAAUUCCGGAAAUGGAUUCUAAAGCCUCAGAAUCCGUGCCUGAGAACCCAAAAUGAUAACACACACGCAGUGAAUGGCAUCACGGGCCUGGCUCCCAACAUUUGAGGAGAUUUAACAUUAUGUCUGUGCGUAGCUGGGCAUGAACAAAUUGAAUCAAAAUAGCCCUCAGUCAAGUCUCGUUCUGUAAUACUGGACCGGUUCUCUUUGUUUCGCAAAAUGCCGAGACAAGAGCGCCUAGACAUUGUUUCUGCUACCAGUAGUUAUGUACGAGUGCUACGCGGCAAAAAAAAACUUGCACCCGUUCUUGCCUUUACUUCAAAAACUUAUGCAGUCAUUGCUUAUGCACGGCAUUGAUGACAACGUAUUUGCCAUAAAAUCCACAUGUUUUUCUUACUUAGGCACAUCGUGAUAAAUUAAACAUACAGGGAUCAUAGCAAAAGAACAGUCCAGUCACUGGCAAGGAAACACGUGCACGUGCACACCAUAUGAACUGAUGGACAGCAUAUAACCACAGCGCAAAACUCACAGGUCCAAAUGUGGCCAACUAUGCCGACAGCAUCACUUGUUUCACGUGGAAUCGAAAAGCCGACGCUUGAGGGAAGACACCAAGCCUUUUACAUCUUUACGCACCGGUAGCAUCGUCGGCUCCUCCCCACUUUUCUGCAUAUUAGCGGAAGAGUCCGGCGCUCGGUGCGUCUGCGCCGCGUUUGUGCCUUUGAUUAACACGCUGUCCGAUUGUGCAA